AUGGCGUCCGUCGCCGCAUGGCUGCCGUUCGCGCGCGCCGCCGCCAUCGGCUGGGUGCCCAUCGCCACGCACCCGCUGCCUUCCCCGCCCGUCCCCAAGGACCGAAGACGAGCCGAGGACGAGAAGCUGCUCAUUAACGUCUCCGGGCGACGCUUCGAAACUUGGAGGAACACGCUUGAAAAAUACCCCGACUCCCUCCUCGGAUCGUCGGAGAGGGAGUUCUUCUACGAUGAGGACAGUCGGGAAUACUUCUUCGACAGAGAUCCGGAUAUCUUUAGACAUAUACUCAAUUAUUAUAGGACCGGGAAGCUCCAUUAUCCCAAACACGAGUGUUUGACUGGGUACGACGAGGAGCUCGCGUUUUUCGGAAUCCUGCCAGAUGUUAUAGGUGACUGUUGUUAUGAGGACUACAGGGAUAGGAAACGGGAGAAUGCUGAGCGGCUCAUGGACGACAAGCUCAGCGAGGCCGGAGACCAGAGCCUGCCUCAACUCACGGACUUACGACAAAAGAUGUGGAGGGCGUUCGAGAACCCACACACGUCGACAGCUGCGCUAGUAUUUUACUACGUGACUGGAUUCUUUAUCGCCGUCUCUGUGAUGGCCAACGUGGUCGAGACGGUGCCAUGUGGACACAGACCAGGCCGAGCGGGCACCCUGCCCUGCGGAGAGAGAUAUAAAAUUGUGUUCUUUUGUUUGGACACAGCAUGCGUGAUGAUAUUCACCGCUGAGUACCUGCUGCGACUGUUCGCGGCUCCGGACCGAUGUAAGUUCGUGAGAUCGGUCAUGUCCAUCAUCGACGUGGUGGCCAUCCUGCCGUACUACAUCGGCCUGGGCAUCACUGAUAACGAUGACGUCUCCGGGGCGUUUGUGACCCUGAGAGUGUUCCGAGUGUUCCGUAUCUUCAAGUUCUCGCGUCACUCGCAAGGUCUCCGGAUCUUGGGUUAUACUCUGAAGUCCUGCGCCAGCGAAUUGGGUUUCCUAGUGUUCUCACUGGCGAUGGCUAUCAUUAUCUUCGCUACGGUCAUGUUCUACGCUGAGAAGAACGAGCAGGACACCAACUUCACCUCCAUCCCCGCAGCCUUCUGGUACACCAUCGUCACAAUGACCACUCUGGGUUAUGGUGACAUGGUGCCCGGUACCAUCGCUGGUAAGAUCGUUGGUGGUGUGUGUUCUUUGUCUGGUGUGUUGGUGAUCGCUCUGCCAGUACCAGUCAUCGUCUCCAACUUCUCAAGGAUCUACCACCAGAACCAACGUGCUGAUAAAAGGAAGGCUCAGAGGAAAGCUCGUCUCGCUCGCAUCCGCAUCGCUAAGGCUUCUUCAGGGGCUGCUUUCGUUUCCAAGAAGAAGGCAGCAGAGGCUCGGCUGGCUGCUCAGGAGUCCGGCGUGGAACUGGACGACGCUGGCAGAGAUGAAGACAUCUUUGAAUUGCAACAUCACCAUCUGUUGCGAUGCCUGGAGCGUACCACGGACAGGGAGUUUGUUGAGAUGGAGAAUCCUUACAAUGGUGCAGCCAAGCGGCCUGGCUCACCGUCCCCGCUAGCCUCGCCCGCACACUCGGGCCGCGCCCCGGCGUUGCUCGCCUGCUGCGCGCGAUGUGGUUGUUGCCCGCAGAAGUAUCAGAAGCGCCGUCGUUCCGUACGAUGCGUCAGUCCGAUCGGCCUCGUCUCGUGCCCGCGUCGUGAGGUCCUGAUAUUAGAAUCGAGUAGGAAGCGAUCACGAGGCACUCGUCGGUACACUGCGACCUCCAGACCCUCGGAUACUUCGAUGUCGGCAGCUCCUAGCGAAGACCCAUUACCACAAGCCUGCGGCAAAUACAUUCCGGCUGGCAGCACUGUUCAAGGGAAUCAGACCGGUGUUGCAAUGGAUGGGACUUAUCUCGUGGAAGCAUCUUUCUAG